AUGUCUGUCAAAGGUGUGCCGGUGGUGGACUCGGUUUCAAUCAAGCUUCCGGGAUUCUGGACGUCGGAACCAAUUUUAUGGUUUGUUCAAGCUGAGUCGCAGUUCGCAUUGAGAAAUAUUACCGUAGAGGAUACCAAGUACCAUCAUGUGGUGGCUGCAUUGGACCAAAGUACUGCGAAGCGUGUGGCUGACAUUUUCCUGUCUCCUUCUACUGAUGGUUCGAAGUACACCAUUUUAAAGGAUCGUCUUCUCGCCAUUUUCUCCCUCUCCUCGUAUCAACGGGCACAGCUUUUGCAACAAGUUUCUCCCUUGGGGGAUCGACGCCCUUCGGAAUUGAUGAGCGAGAUGUUGGCUUUGUUGGGAAAACACGAACCCUGUUUUCUCUUCAAGUCUUUGUUUAUGGAUCAUCUACCAAGAGAGGUUCGUUCGCAUUUGAUCCACGAACUCGAUGACAUCGAUCCUCGUAAGCUGGCUCUAUUGGCAGACAAAUUGGUGUCCGUACAGAAUCCCAUGAUAGCCGGAUUGUCAGGUGCACCCAAAAAGUCUUCACCGCCCUCUCCUUCCUCUCGUCGGAAAUCUUGGUGCCGUUUCCAUCAACGGUAUGGCCCCAAGGCGUUCAACUGUGAACAACCGUGUUCCUUUGUCCAGCGGAACAAACCUUCCUGGAAAUCCCAAGUUCUACCGAUUUUGGGAAACGAGGAAGACGACCAUCAGUAA